GAACUUGCCGGCCAAUACUUCGAAAUGCAUGUCCCUAUCAAAUAUCCGAGCAUACAGGUGAAUUCGUUCAGCUUGUCGCGAAGUAUUUAACACGUGAUCACCCAGAAUAUGACAUCAGAGUGCCGCCAGAAGCAAGGGACAAAAUUAACAUGUAUUGUGCACAUCCAGCAUGUUACUCAAAUCCGUGUCAAAAUGGUGGAUCGUGCAUGGAAGAAUCAGAUGGCUAUAGCUGCUCCUGUCUUGAGGCAUAUCUUGGAAAGAAUUGUCAGAUUCCAAUGUGUCCAGCCGAUUGGGAGUAUGCGGGCACCAAAUGUUUCUUGGUAACAUCCACAUCUGGGUCUUACCAUGCAGCUAAAGCCCACUGUAAUAGUUUGGAUGCUGUUGCCUUGGGUAACGGGAUGAUGGAGGACCCUGCCCUGGUCUUCGUAGAGAGUGAUGAAGAGUACACCAUCUUAAAGACUUUCAUUGCCGAUGAAUGGAUCUGGAUGAACUGUAUAAGAAUAAGUGGUUCAUAUCUCUGCUACACCGACAGACAUGACACGCAAACAGACUACCGAAACUGGGCCUUUAACCAACCUGACAAUACCAAAGAUUGCGUGACUUUGAGAAUGACAGACGGUACGAUGCAUGAUAAUCGAUGCAGUAAUCAAUAUACCUUGGUAUGCCAAGUCAUCGUAAAGGAGACAUAGCAGCAAUACAUGACAAAGUGAUUUCAUUCAUAUACAGUGUGCAGAUUGUCUAUAAAAUGUUCGUUUCAAAUUAUGAUCUCUAUUUUUUAGUGUUUAUA